GGCAGCAUUACGCCAUUCUUCCCUCUUGGAAAAAGUGGGAUUUAAACAGCUCUCUUACAAGAUAUCCAGCAGAAUAGUUGGAGUUUAAGGGAAGUCAAGUUUCUCUUGUCCAUGCUAAGCAUUUUCUCGCACUACUCUGGAAAGCGGGACCUGCGGCAUGAGAUUCGCUUCACUAUGGUUCUGGAUAGCGGAUCUGAGAGUAACGGUUUGCAUGGUCGCUUUUACUCUAGAAUACUUAAUUCUAGUCCACAUCUCCACUUCUCCAAACUCGUUCAUGUUUACCUCUUUCAAACGGGAAAAGCCUGCGCGCAUUUCUCCCUGGGAACUUUACAGAGGUAGAUCAGAGGAUGAAAGUUCUGAAACGUCUCCCUCUUUUACUGGGGUGCUGGACUCUCGUAUACCUGGACCUCAUCCUAGCGUCACUGAGCCAUACCGGGGCGGCACAGCGUGCGCCCAACAGCCGUGGCGAGGAGCAUACAGGCGGAGCAGGUGACCGCACUCAACUGGGAACCGGUUGGAAGUCUCCUAAUUCUGCGAGGAUCACGCGGAUUCGGACAGGACCCCCGUUAAUCAAGGGCGAGGUGGCCAAGGGGAAACCUGUGGCAUUCGCGCCAGCAUCUCGCGUGGUAACGGGCAGCCGCGCUCGCGGGGCUAUCAAUUUAGGGCGCAAGGAGGCUGCGCGCUCUUGGGUAGCCGGGGAUACUCCAGUGGCUCUGAACGUGCACCUGGUCAAAACCAGCGGCAUUGGCACACCCGGGAAAAACACUGGAAAACCUGCAGCAAGGGCGGCAACACCAGUACGCAACGGACCGAACAGAGCUGUCGUUACGCAAAAGCUUAGUGCUCCGGCAGCCCUGAGGAGUGCCAAAUUAACGGGCAAGCCUAGCGACAGAGACUCCACUAAGCACCCUCUGGUGACACCGCACGACUACAUGCUGUCACUGUACUGGUCGCUGUCUACCGGGGAGGUGAACACAAGUGUACUACAUGAGGCGGGCUUGGCCAACACGAUUACGAGCUUCGUAGAUAAAGGACAAGAUGAGCGGCAGCCGCAGCUGAGAAGGCAGAAGUACUUCUUCAACAUCAGCUCCCUGGAGAAGGAGGGGCUCCUGGGGGCCGAGCUCCGCAUUCUCAGGAAGCGCCCGGCGUCCGACCCCCGCAAACCCUUCCCGGCCGGUGGAGGCUCGGACCCUGGCUCUCUGAGCCUGAAGCUGUUCACCUGCGCUUCAGGUAAACAGAGGCCCACGCUGCUCCACACACGCACCGUGGAGGACCACGGCACGCCCAGGUGGGAGGUGUUUGACAUCUGGAAACUGUUCCGGAGCUUCAGGAACUCCCCCCAGCUUUGUCUGGAACUGGAGGCCCAGGAGAGGGGGCCGGGGGGGCGGCCGGUGGACCUUAGGACCCUGGGGUUCGGCCGCCUUGGCAGGCAGACCAAGGAGAAAGCCUUCUUCCUCGUCUUCGGUCGUACCAAGAAACGCGACCUCUUCUACAACGAGAUCAAGGCACGGUCGGGCCACGACAACAAGACGGUCUACGAGUACCUGUUCACGCAGAGGCGCAUGCGCCGCGCCCCAGCCACCAGGGUCGGGAAGAAGCUGCCCCAGACCAAGCCCCGGUGUCACCGGCGCCAGCUGCACGUCAACUUCAAAGAGAUGGGCUGGGACGACUGGAUCAUCGCUCCUCUGGAAUACGAAGCAUUCCACUGCGACGGCGUGUGCGACUUCCCCAUUCGCUCGCACCUGGAACCCACCAAUCACGCGAUCAUACAAACCCUCAUGAACUCCAUGGACCCCGAUUCCACCCCGCCCACUUGUUGCGUGCCAACGCGCCUCAGUCCAAUUAGCAUCCUCUACAUUGACUCAGCCAACAAUGUGGUGUACAAACAGUAUGAGGAUAUGGUGGUGGAGUCGUGUGGGUGCAGGUAGCGGUGAAGAAACUAGAGAGAGAGAGAGUGAGAGAGAGACAGAGAAAGAAACCUAUACAAAAGAAGUUAGAGAGAGACACACACAAAGAGAGAGAACCAUAGAACCAUAGUUUUGUGUGUCAAUUCAUACGACAGAGAUAGAGAGAGACAUGGAACACACUCAACUGAACACUCAGCAAGGUGGUGGAAUUAUAUACAGUAUAUUUGAAGGAUCAGAUUAUGGGGAUAUUAUCUGUCAGGGAGCCAUACAGUCAAAUAUACACCAUAGAGGGUAUGUACAAGACACAGAGGAGACUUUGGAAAAUCUAGAUGAUAUAUGGUGUAUAUCCACUGGCCUGAGUCAGAAGCUAUAAGGAUGACCAAACAAUAACUUUGUUCAUUCUAUGGCCUGUUUUAAAAAGCAUUUCACUACAAUACUAAGGCAUGCCCGAGGAUUUUUUGCAGCUCAGUAAUUCACUGCUGAAUGUUGAAUUAAACAGGGGGGAAACCAUAUCAUAUACAGGAUUAUUGAUUAUCACGGUUAAAGCCAUAGUCUGUAAAACGGAAUGCCCCGAGUUUAACCAAAUGUUUAAACUAAAUGACAAAGUCUUUCUGGAUGAUAGUAGGAAUAAAAACCAUUACGGUAUUUAUAAAUCAUAAUCUGGUACAUUUCAUCAUUGAACAAUUCUGGAAUUAGCACAGACGGUGGCUUUAACCUCUAAGCGUUUCAGCUGCAGUUCCAUUUGUCACCACUAAGGAUUCGUCUGCUCGCCCCACCUGAGUCCAUGCCCUCGCACAGCCUCUCCGUCACAGAUGUGUGAAGGCAUGUCCGAAUGUCCUGUUCCUCCUAGAACCAUGUGAUGUAAGCAUUUCCUUUAAUCAAAGCAUGUGCAUGCCAUAGGUAUUGCCAGCUCAGACUCAACCGUUGAGGCCUGAAAGAGGAGAGAAGAGGAGGGUGAUGGCGGAAGACUGGAAAGGCGAGAUUUAUGAGAACACAAGUUUGGAAGCCACUUGAUAAGAUUUAUGAUCAAGCUAAGAUGUUAUGAAUUAUGAGGCAUCCAUUGAUUUCUCCACUGAGUAGUUUCUGUUCCAGUAAAAAAAAAGAAGAAAAAAAAAGAAGAAAAACUAUUCAUUAAUACAGUUAUUGAGAGUAUUACUUUUAAGAUGUAUACUUCAAAUAUGUGUUCUUUAUGUGUAUCAUGGCUUUGAAUUAAAGUGAACCUAUAUUUGUUAAAGA